CAGCCAGAGACAACAAUCAUUGCCGCAAGAAUACGAGCCAAGUUUUGAAACCUCUGAUUCGGAAUUUGACAAGUAUAUGGAUAAAGAGGCAAUAGUUAAACCUGGUGAUUCAUAUCAAAGUAAGGACAAAGAAAAAAUUAAUGCAGAACUCGAAGAAAUAAUAGAAGAAGAUAAUGAUGAAUAUAUUGAACUUGAUUCAAGAGUGGAGAAAGGAGAGGAAGAAGUUGAACAAGUUGAAGAAGAGGAGACAGAGCAAGCUGAAGAGCCAGAGAAAGAAACUGAACAAGUCGAUGAUGAUAUUGAUGCAGAAGACAUAAACGAGUGUGAUGAUGCAACUCCUGUUGAUGACAAAGAUGAUUUCGAGAUUGAUGAGGAGGAAGAUGAAGAUAAGAAAAUUGAAGAGGAUGAGUAUGGUUAUGAGAGCAAACCAACUACCACCUGA